CUGGGUUGGAUAGGAAAAGCUCUACUCCAUACCUACUGUCGGUAUUCCGAUAUCGUAGUGCCUUUUCCUUUCUACCCACACUAAAGUAGCAGCAGUAGUAGUAGUAGCAGCGGUAUGAGAUUAAUGGACUUUCCUUUUGAAUAUUUUCGGACAUUCUUAGUCCUUACCGCCUGUCCACCCUUGCUUCCAAUGAACUCUCGUUUGUAGAUUUCUCGUAACAUAAGUGCUCUGGUGCUCACAAGUCCGAGUGCAUUAGGCUCAUUAGAUCAUUCACCAGGUGCACGUAAAUUCCAUUCUAUCUAACGAACCAAGCCACAAUGGCAGCCACGGGCGACUUCGCGCCGCCAUCAUCCAUCCUCAUCAUUGGCUCGGGCGUCUUCGGUCUUUCCACAGCCUAUGAUCUGACCAAGCGCCCAGCAUGGUCCGAGACCCAGAUCACCGUCCUAGACCGCGCCCACCCCAAUGAGGCCGGCGCCCGGCCGGCCUUCCCUUCAAAGGACUCCUCGAGCAUAGACUCCUCGCGCAUCGUGCGCGCAGACUACGCAGACAGGGCUUACGCCCAUCUCGCGGCUGUGGCACAGGAGGAGUGGCGAAAGCCCGGCCCCAACUCCUGGGGUGGCGAGGGACGGUAUUCAGAGACUGGCUUCCUGAUUUGUGCCGAUAAGGGCGCUGAGAGGAGGAGCGACGGCACAAAGACCGGAUUGGGAUAUGCCAAGGAGUCUUACAAAAACGCUCUAGAGCUCCUAGAGAUGGAGGGCUUGCCAAGAGGCAGUGUGGUGGAACUUGAUGGGCGGGACAAGAUCGCCCAGGCCAGCGGAACAGGGGCACCUUUCGGGGACUGGGGAUACCUCAACAAGAGGAGUGGAUGGGCAAAUGCGGAAAAGAGUAUGGUCUACCUCUAUAACAAGGUGGUCGAGACCGGCCGGGUCAAGUUCGUUGGUGGAACCGUUGAGAGGCUAGAGGUUAAAGGCAAAAAGGUGACCGGCGCGAGGCUAAGCAAUGGCGAGACUAUUCUGGCUGGUCUGGUCGUGGUUGCGGCUGGCGCCUGGUCUCCGAGCUUGGUUGAUCUGAGGGGCCAGGCUGUGGCCACUGGCCAAGCCCUUGCGUAUACAGACAUCAACGAUCAAGAGCAGGCGAGGUUGGCAAAUGUCCCGGUGCUGAUGAACAUGACACAGUCAAACUUCAUGAUCACACCAAGCAACAACGUGGUCAAGAUUGGACGACACGCUUAUGGAUACAUGAACCCGAAGAAGGUGACAUCAGCAUUGGUGGUCCCCAAGAAGGAGGGAGACUCGCCGUAUCCUGAAAUCACCGUUUCACAGCCAUACACCCACAUCGAUGAUUCCAAGCUCUGGGUUCCGGCUGAGGGUGAACGCGACCUGAGGAGGGGAUUGCGAGAGAUGGUGCCAUGGCCAGGCUUGAUGGACCGGCCAUGGACUCACAGCCGGAUUUGCUGGUACACAGAUACAGCAAGUGGCGACUUCAUAAUCACAUACCACCCUCAUUGGGACGGCCUCUUUCUAGCUACAGGUGGCAGUGGGCACGGUUUCAAGUUCCUGCCAGUGUUGGGCAGCAAGAUCGCGGACACAAUCGAGAAGAACUACCCAGCCGACUUCAGGGAGAAGUGGAGCUGGAAGGAGCCAAAUGAUAUCGAGGCGCAGAUCAUCACGGAAGAUGGCAGCAGAGGUGGUCGAGUCGGCCUGUGUCUUAUGGACGAAUUACAGAAGAAUGGCUCGCGUCUGUAAAUUAUGACAACACAAAUUCGACUAGUUGGAGAUGUACAUGUUGAACUUUGUAAGAUUUGAUUCUUCAAGUAGACGCUACUGAGCUGAAAGAGCAGUAUCAAUAUAUCAUAUCGACUGAUGUCGUUGUUUUUAUCUUUAUUGUUGGCAAGUUUGGCUCUGAAGUUGUGGACUGGUUCCACUAAAACUUGAUAUUAGUGUGUCUCAAAUUAUUGGUGCUUAAAAGCCUGAACGGAGCAGACGAUCGAACCGACACUUGUGGCUGUGUAAGACGAAC